GACUUUUCUUGGCCCGACUUUUAGGCAAUCCCGCCAGUUUAGUCGUCAAGGACACAACUGGGGACUGUGCUGUUCUGCGUGUCCAACAUGACGACUGAAAUCCAGGAAGCGCUCGCUUAUGUCAGACAAAAUGUGUCUGAACUUCGUAAUCUAGGCAAGGAAUGGGGGUUGAACGACGCGGAGAUAGAAACAUGUGUUCAGCGAGCCAUGUCGAUGAAAGUAGACACCAAGGAAUUACCUAAAAAGAAAGAUCGCAACUCCCAAGCAAGAAAGUUCGCGGCCCGGGAGACUUGGUCCCGAUGUCGAUGGUGCUUCAACAUAUGUUUUAGACUGGCAGGGGUGCUGUUUGUCGCGACGACGUUGGCAGCGGGCGUGAUGGUAUUUCAAGCCAGGUCAUUUUUAUCCUAUCAGCUCAUGCUCCCAUAUGCUUACAACAUACUUAGGGCGAUGCGUCUCAGCGUGAGUGUUCCGCUUCAGCAAGCAUUUCGCAUUGACAAGUACUACGACUGGGAAUGCCUCAUUGAAAAUCCCAUGUUUAAUGACCCUUCGAAGAACUGCAUCAACUGCCAGGAGAUGAAGACGGCACAAGAAAUGACGGCCACGACUGAGUUCGACAUCUCCAUGUCAGGACCAAUGGUUUUCAGGGGUGCCCAGGCUCCGGUACAUCUCCGUGACGUGUGGCAAGUUUUACACAAGUUCAAGGACAACCACAUGCUGGCCAAACAUCCCCUGGAGUGUACAGCCGACUGGGCACAGUCUACAAGGGAUCUUGCUCGACCAGAUUUGCUUGACAAAAUAAUUCAGGAGGAAAAGUUCUCAUGUAACUGGGAGAGCAGGGAUCAUCUGUUUCAAGGGCAGCUUAUGCGAAGUCUGUUUCCGAAAGUGUCGGUCAUCCCGUCCAAUUCUGAGAUUUGUAUACAGAGGAACAUCUUCAUUGAUGGGACGGGUGCUCAACAUCGAAAACUUCCCGGCAGCACAUGCGGAGUGUACAGCUGGUACACCCAGGGGACGGGCACGCGGACCCUCGUGUUCCGCCCACACCAGGGAUGUGUUGAGCUCUGUCAGCCCGUGAGCGUCACCGUGAGGGAGGGAGAUACAGUGUUGUUCAUGACUGGCGCCAUGGAUGUAGAAGUGACCGACAACAAAGGGGAAAUCAGCAUCAGCUUUCUUGGACACAUGCUGCCGGAGAUGGAGGAGAUGCCGCCACUGCCACCACAGUGUUCUGCAUGAGUGGCGUCAUGGAUGUAGAAGUGACCGACAACAAAGGGGAAAUCAGCAUCAGCUAUCUUGGACACAUGCUGCCGGAGAUGGAGGAGCUGCCGCCACCACAGGUGCCUGACACUGCAGACCAAUGAGUCUUGUCCAAAAACCCUUUCCUGCAAAAUAAUUUCAAACAAAUCAUUGACGUUUUGUUAAAACACCAUGUCUUGUAACUCCAGAAAAAAAUCUUGAUCUUGAUUAACUGGUAUCAUUACUUGAUGGGCCCAGUUCACAAAGUGAUACAUGUGUUUUGGACUGGGAUGAUACACCACUUGUGCGAUCAGAUACGUAUCACGAUACCUUGUUCACAAUCCGAUACAUAUCAUGAUACUUGCACAUGCUCUUAGCUGUUGUGUGUAAUCCAUCUUUUUCAAAGACAGGAUGGCCAAAUAUCUGGCACACUGACGAUUUACAGUUGGCAGUGUCAAGUAUGUCACAAUGGAUGAAAAUAUUUGUUUUCAAUACUAAUUUUCAAUACUAAUUAGUGUUUGGUGUAAUAGUUAUUAAAGCAAACAUUUGAAGUAAGAAUGAUAUUAAUUACUUUGUGUGCGACUGUGAUUGAUACUUGUAUCCAGAAGUAAAAAAUCACAAUCCACAAUGCAUCAGUGUAUCGUCCCACUAUGACUCACAAGUCCAAUACUUGAACAGAUUCUCAGACAGCUGUAGCAGCAGUAAAUCUUUCUGGAAUGGGCCCUGGUUCCUGUUGGGGAAAAUUCCAAUUGAAAAUAGUUCUUGGAUUGUCUCUGUAAAAGAAUGUUUGGAAUAGUUUGGAAAGUCAACCUGAGAUAUGUUUUUGCUUCAGACCAAGCCCCGUAAGUACCUGGAAGCAUUAUGUGUGUGUUAGCUACCAGUUGAUAAAUCCAUGGAGCUGUAUUACGCUUGGGUUGAAUAUAGCAUUCCACAUCUUGUCAAGAAUUCCUAAUGUUGAGAAUUCCAUCUUUUUCUCAAUUUAUCAUCUCAUUUUUGAGGAAAACGUUUUCUAUUUUUUUAUAUAACUUUCCUUGUCUUCUAUACCCUGUUUUAAUGUAUAAUGUUUAAUACAACUGAAGAAAUAUUUGAAUGGAUGAAGUAUUAUUUGGAAAGAGGACAUGUAUAUACUGUUAAGAUGUUACUCUAUGUAUUAAGUUGAAAUUUGAAUUAAACAAAUGAAGAUAUUCUG